AUGGAGUCCCUUCAAUUACUUGUACUAUUCCUAACGAACCUCUUUCUCCUCCAAUCGAGUUUUGCAGUUGAUUUCUCCUUCACUGGUUUCAACUCAUCUGAUAUCUUGCUCUUUGGAAAUGCAACAACAGAUUCUGGUGUUCUUUCUCUCACAACCAACACCACAUUUUCCAUUGGCAGAGCUCUCUACAACGCCAAAGUCCCCACAAGGUAUCCAAACUCCUUAAACCUUCUGCCUUUCACAACCUCCUUCACCUUUUCCAUAACCCCAUACAAGGACUCUCUCCCCGGCCAUGGGUUCGUCCUUGUUUUCGUUCCCUCUCCCGGCAUCCAAUCCGCCUCUCCAUCCCAACAUCUCGGCUUCUUGAAUAAAACCAAUGACGGUAACCCCAACAACCACGCUUUUGGCGUCGAAUUUGAUGUGUUCCAAAACGAAGAAUUCGGUGAUAUCAAUGAUAAUCACGUAGGCGUUAACGUCAAUUCUCUAACUUCUCUGGCUUCUUACAAAGCUGGAUACUGGCUUGGUGAGGGCAGUAACGACACUAACUUGUCUUUCAAGGAAAUAAAGAAUAGUGGAGACAACUAUCAAGCUUGGAUUGAGUACUGGAAUUACGAGCUCAGAAUAACAUUGGCUCCUGAAAAUGUGAAGAAGCCUGAGCAACCUUUGAUUAGGGCUCCUCUUGAUCUCUCUGAAGUUUUUCUUGAUGAAAUGUAUGUUGGUUUCACUGCAUCAACUGGCCAACUCAUUGAAGAUCAUAAAAUUUUGAGCUGGAACUUCAAUAAUUGA